CGGCGCCGCGAGGCCGGGAGCGGCGGGGAUCCGGGCCGCGUGGAGGUAGGCCUGAGCCGGCCGCGCAGCCCCCGGCCCCGGGAAGGGUGAGGGGGUGGUGACAGGUGUCUCAGGGCCAGGCCGGCUGGCCGGGGGGCAGCGAGGAGAAGCUGGUCCCGGUGCCCGGAGUCAUGCCGGGUGAGAAGCAGCCGCGCUCGCCCUCGCCCAGCUCCGACCAGCCAGUGUACCCCGAGGGAUCUCCUGGCGGAGGAGCAGCUGACAGAGUCCUCGGUGACCCCGAUGGGGGCCUCCCAUUCAGGCUUCUCUCCCAGCCGCCUGCUCUACCCCGCCCGACCCCUGCCACAGAAAUCGGACGGUCACGGUCUCUUCCCAGAAUGAUUGCACCACUGCGGCCGCUCCCGGCCUGGCACUGCCCCCAGGCCCCGCGGUCCUGGCAGCCUUGAGGACAAGAACCCUGAACGGGGUCCCACAGACCCAGAGAAACCACAGAUCUUUGAGGCAACUGGACACUGUCACCUCAAGCUUCCAGGAAAUAGGUUAUAAGAUGUGGAGAGGAGCUUCUCUGGGCCUGAACGGUGUUAUUACCAGAACUGAUGUUUAGAGUUAUGGAUUCUGCUGUACCAGUGCCAAACCCUGGAUUCUGAUGGACCAAGGAAUGUUUGAGUAAAUAUGUUUGGGCGCCGUUCGAACGGACCAAUGAAUGCUCGACGUUUCCUGGGAUUGGCCCUCAACAAUUGGCCAGAGUUCGUCGCCCGCCCUCUGUGCCACGCCUCUUUCCCCACCCCUUCGCAGACAAGAUGGCGGCGCCCAGAGGAGGAGAGGCCGCGCCUGGGGUUUGCUGAGGCUGGUAUCCUUACCCACUCUCCCUUUGGACGCAAAGGGCCGCGAGCCCAGAGGACGGGGGCCGGGCGGGGACAGGGGCACCUGCGUAGCUGGACCGCGAGCCCGCGCCCAGCUUGCGCCGCCCCACCCGGCCCCGGCCCGAUCCCAUCUCUUCCCGGUCUCCUCUCGGUCUGACCCACUGCCAGGCUGUGGCUCGCCACCACUAGACUUCCAGAGCUGAGCCCUCUCAUCCAGCCCGGUCUCACCUCCACUUGAGGAUGUUUGGCGUCUUUCCUCCCAAACAGUCUGCCUUCAAAACGGGGAUUCCUGAACUGGCAUCUGGCCCCGUUUUCCAACACUGAGCCUCCACUUUCUCUAACCCAUUUCUUCCUCAGAUUCUUGAUUUCUUCCUCAGAUCCCUGGGUUGGAGACUGUUCAUUUCCCUUUCAAAUUAAUCCCCGACCCCUUAAGCCAGACUUCCUUUUGGACUAACUUCCACAUCCCUAUCAUGGAGGCUGUGUACCUGGUAGUGAAUGGGAUGGGCCUGGUGCUGGACCUGCUGACCUUCGUGUUGGACCUCAACUUCCUGCUGGUGUCCUCCCUUCUGGCUUCCCUGGCUUGGCUGCUGGCCUUCAUCUACAACCUGCCACACACGGUACUGGCUAGUCUUCUGCACUUGGGCCGCGGAGUCCUGCUUUCACUGCUGGCCUUGAUCGAAGCCUUGGUCCGGUUCACCUUUGGGGGCUUGCAGGCCUUGUGUACCUUGCUGUACAGCUGUUGCUCUGGACUGGAGAGCCUAAAGCUUCUGGGGCACCUGGCCUCUCACGGGGCUCUGAGGAGCCGGGAGAUACUGCACCGAGGUGUCCUCAAUGUGGUCUCCAAUGGCCAUGCUCUGCUGCGCCAGGCCUGUGACAUCUGUGCCAUCGCCAUGAGCCUGGUGGCCUAUGUGGUCAACAGCCUGGUCAACAUCUGCCUCAUUGGCACUCAGAACCUCUUCUCCCUGGUGCUGGCUCUUUGGGAUGCAGUGAUGGGGCCACUGUGGAGGAUGACGGAUGUGGUGGCCACCUUCCUAGCACAUAUUUCCAGCAGUGCUGUGGCCAUGGCCAUCCUUCUCUGGACCCCCUGCCAGCUAGCCCUGGAGCUCCUUGCCUCAGCUGCCCGCCUCCUGGCCAGCUUUGUGCUUGUCAAUCUCACUGGCCUGGUGCUGCUGGCUUGCAUACUGGCAGUGACAGUGACUGUGUUGCACCCGGACCUCAUCCUGAGGCUGGCUACCCAGGUACUCGGUCAACUCCAUGCCUGGCCAUCCUACCACCGGCUCCGUGAGGAUGUUGUGCGGCUCUCUCGCCUAGUACUGGGCCUGGAGGCCUGGCGUCGAGUCUGGAGCCGCAGCCUGCAGCUGGCAAGCUGGCCGAACCGAGGAGGGGCACCUGGGGCCCCUCAAGGUGGCCCUAGGAGGGUGUCCUCAGCCAGGACCUGGCGCCAGGACCCUCUUCUUGAAGCAGGACCCAGAUCUGAGGCUGAAGAGGAGUUGGUCAGGUUGGCCAGAGUGACGGCUGCCCGGGGCCGGGAGAGGCUCAAUGAGGAGGAGCCUGUAGCUGGGCAAGACCCGUGGAAGUUGCUGAAGGAGCAAGAGGAGCGGAAGAAAUGUGUCAUCUGCCAGGACCAGAGCAAGACGGUGCUGCUUCUGCCCUGUCGACACCUGUGCCUGUGCCAGGCCUGCACGGAAAUCCUGAUGCGCCACCCAAUCUACCAUCGCAACUGCCCGCUCUGCCGCCGAGGCAUUCUGCAGACCCUCAAUGUCUACCUCUGAAGAUCCCCUCCCUGCCUGUCCAUCAUCCAUGCUCCAUGCAGCCACCUGUACCAGGACAGCAUUAACAGCUGACCUCUGGUUUCUGGCCUGAAUCCCUUCCUGCCCCCAUAGCUGCCAUGCCAAGCCUCCAAGCCAUAGAUCCAGGACAUUGAGGUGGGAUAUUCUGGAAGAGUGACGGGUGGGGGCAGGGCAACAGCUUUUCCUAACCCAGUGGGUCCUGUGAUGAGUGUGCCACUGUGUAAGGCCCUGAGACUGUUCACUGUGGACCCCCAUCCAGCCUGCCAGGGUCCACCCAAAUGCCAGCUUCCAGGGCUUGCUCUCUGCUUUGGGUUUUCCUGUUGGGGGUUUGCAAGUCUUCUCCCUGCUCCCUCCCCACUUCUUCCCCAGCUUCUGCAGCCACAGCACAUUAGUGUUACUUGGGUGUUUUAGCAGCUUGGGCCUUAGAAUUAUCUGGAACUUUUGCUUUCAGCCCAAGCACCUGUGCUGGUAGGCUUUGGGGGUGGUAUCACUCAGGUGCCCUAAAGCUGCCACUUUUACCUGUCAUGAUCUUAGGAGGCUCUCCCAGCUUGCUCCGACAGCCGGCCUACGAGGGUCUGCCUCUGGGCAGGUGGGGCGGGUGCCCCUGGCUUUGGGACCAUGUAGCCUCUGGCACACCAGCUCCCCUGGGAGCCUCAGGAGGGAUCACCAGACUUCUUUCUACCCAUAACCCUUUCGCUCCCCACAGCAGAGAAAUGACAUUCCCCUUCUGUUUGUCUCCCCUGGCCUUGGGGAAGGCAGAUGGCACAUUUCACUAGGGGCCAGAUACACAAGGGACCAGCGUCUAGGGGCAUGCAGCUCCCUGAGGGGUCUGUCUGGCCCAGUUUCCAGUAAAUAAAGUUCCGUCAAACAGCA